AAUGUCAUCAGACACUUCUUUGUUACAUUUACUCAGCAAAUUUUGUUGUUGUAAAGACAAUGGGAAUGAUCGAGAACGUCUUGUAAAUAACAGAGGAGCAGUUAUUGAAGAUGCCUAUCACAUACCUAACGGGAAUGGAAGUGGAACAGUGACAGACUACGUGACAAAUAGUCUACGACCUUUUGCUUCUGACAGAAAUAUGAAUAUAGCUCCCGAAUUGCAAACGGCACGCAGUCGGGAGGAAGAAGAGGAGGAAUUAAUGAAUAGAAUUUUGGAUAGAACACAGCAGAGUAUAAUUGACGUUACAAAUCUUGAGAACAAUUCUCUCGAUAUUGAUAUGAUACAACGCUCAAGACUUUAUGUGGAAGCUGUGAAGCGACACGAUGCCCUUUUGGAACGUAAAAAAGCACCACCAACAACCGCGGAUUCUUCUGAUGCUCACCACCACAACCACCACCUUGUAUCUCCUCUCUCCGGACUUUUAACAAAUUUAAAUAAUAAUUCAACAAAAACAUUUUUGGACUCUACCCAAUGUUCUCAAUGUAAUCAAGAAGAAUUAAAUUUAUUAAAUAAAGCAACAGAAUUAUUUAUGGAUGCACACAAUUUGGGAACACAAAUUGAAUGUAAAGAAGAAUUAAUUGUUUAUAUGUCCUUAGAUGAUGAUGAUUAG